AUUUACAGAUUUUCCUGGAUUUGCUGUUUUAUCUUUUUCAACCUCGGUGUCUAAAGUUGAAUAUUAAAAUCGGUGCUGUGGUUUUGUGGCGCCAGCGGCUGAGUUAUUUUGAAUUCAUGGACAAAGACAAGUGUAGCGAUAUUCAUGGUCAGUGCUCCUGGAUGGAGAUGCAUCAGUUCCUCGGUGACCUUAUCACAUCUGGAAUCCCCUCAAAAAACCCGCCAGAUGUGCUUAACGCAGCGUGGGGCGUAGCUGCUGGUGUUGGAGGAAGCAGCGGCGGGAAUGGUGCUGCUGAUGCUGCUCUUGGGUUUAAAGCUACAUCACUUGAGCCACUUAGACCUGCCCAGGAAAAGACAGGGGCAGGGUCAUCACAGAGGACCAGAGACCGGAGAGAAGCUUUAGAUGUCCAUCAUGCCUGCACCUGCCCUGGCUGCCCUUACUCCAGUUCGCCUCCUUCAUUUGAGACCUUAGUACCCAGACAGUCUCUGUCCUUGCCGCCACACUCAGAGACAGUAUGCCAACCAAAAGAUCUUAGUAUUGCUAUUCCAGUGAGUCUGAGCAUGUGCUUACCAGACUCCACCUUACCCAGCAGCAGCACCAUAUCUGAGCUACAGACCAGCCGACCUCAGAGCGAGGAUGUAGACAGAGGCACUCAGAGCCAGGACCAAAACUCUGACUCACCUCCUGCAAGACCGUCCUUGUCCCAUCUCUCCAUGUUUCCCCACUUGUGUUGUCACCAUGGCCUGCAAACGUGUUCCUGUACACUGGGCCGCCAGGACGGCACAGACUCUCCCUUUUCUCACACACAUGCUCAUCAUCACUUUCACCACCACCACUGCCCUCUAACAUCCUGUUUACCCUGUCCCCAGCUGGCCCACGCGAAUUCUCCGCGGCUCUCUGGUCCUUUUCCUUGCUUGUCCUGCCCACACUCCUUUCAUGCCUGCAGUCAGGUCUGCCACCACCAUCACAGACAAACACAGCAGCAGGAGGAGAGGGGUAGGACUUCUACAACCUUACUGUCAGCAUUACAUCCCUGUAUGCACUGCUCUGCCUCUUUUUCUAGACCCUCCCAGCUGCUGCAGCACCAGCGCUCUGAGCAUGCCCAUAAACCAUCCGGGUUCAUUUGCACAGAGUGCGGUAGGGCCUUCAACUCACACAGCAACCUCCGCAUACACCUCAACGUGCACACUGGUGCACGGCCCUACUCCUGCGCCGACUGUGGGAAGAGUUUUAGCCAGUCUGGAGCGCUGAAGAUCCACAGGCGGAUUCACACAGGUGAAAGACCAUAUUCAUGUGGCUUCUGUGGAAGGGGUUUCCCCCAUCUGGCAGGGGUCCGUGCCCACCAGAGGACUCACACAGGAGAGAAGCCAUACCGCUGUACCCAGUGUGGCAAGUGCUUCACCCAGUCAGGAGCUCUAAAGAUCCACACUCGCAUCCACACAGGAGAGAGGCCCUUUAUCUGCAGCAUCUGUGGCAAAGGCUUUUCCAACCGCUCUGGGAUUCGUUUCCACUACCGCACAGUCCAUGGGCUGGCUCCUGAACUCACGGGGGAGACCAGGAGUGUGUACCGGGGACCCGCAGCUCGUGCUUGCCAGCCUGGGCGCCCCAGGACUUUGCCCCCAACCAGCGCUGGGUUAGAUGCACCUCACAGUCCAGGUAACGAAUCACACGCUGGUCCGAGUUCUCGAGAUUCUUCAGCUUUGAUUGCUGCUCCUCCCGCCUCCACGCCAACUGGUGGAAACGAGUGCAGGUCUCAGCCAGAAGCAGCAAAUGUGGGCAGUCACAGAGAGGGGCUUCCGUAUGCAUGUGAAGACUGCGGCCUGCGUUUUAAAGAUGCCCCAUCCAGGAACAGACACCAGUCUGUGGUGCACUAUUCCCAUGAGGGAAGAGAGGAGGAGGGGCAGAGGAAAGAGUUCAGCUCAAAUGACGACAGUGAAGGAGAGUGAAUUAAUGCUGCUGGUAGAUCUAAACUUUAUAAUUAUGUGGAAUAUGUUCUUUAUUUAAGCACAAUUCUUCUCAAAUUGGAA